CGGCUGCUGCGAACGCCGUGAGGCGACCACCACACAAGCCAUCGCGGCGCUUUGCAAUCGGCGACUCGUCCCACGCUACUACCCGGCGAGCGGCUCCAAUAAUUCGCCAUGGCCUUUUUUUUUAAGUCGAAGAAGAGUCAGGACAGAGCGCUCGCAAGCCGAGAUGGAGCCCCGGGUUCGGGAUCGUCGGUGCAGAGUGCGGCAUCACGAGUGCGAGACGAAAAGGCCUCCAGAUCAACGCCCACCGGCAGCCUGAACUCCCUCGACAACGAUGGCAGCAUGGGCAGUCCCGACGGCGGCCAGGGCUACAGUCGCCAGCGAGGGCAGAGUCUAGAGCAACCGCAACAAACGACUCCGCCCCAACUACAGCAGCCGCAACAAUCAAGCGACCUCCCAUUUCGCAAUGGCCCAGCUCCAAUGCCAGUCGCUGCGAAUCCCAACGCUUCGCUCUACCCCUGGUCACAACGGCGGUUGACCUACACAUCGUCGCAGCCCAGCCCGUUCCCCAGAUACGGCGCCGCCGUCAAUUCGAUAUCGUCUAAAGAGGGUGACAUCUACGUGAUGGGCGGGCUAAUCAACAGCUCCACGGUAAAGGGCGAUUUGUGGUUGAUUGAGGCUGGCGGGACCAUGGCUUGCUACCCGCUCGCGGCCACUGCCGAAGGGCCGGGACCGAGAGUGGGACAUGCCAGCUUGCUAGUCGGGAACGCAUUCAUCGUCUACGGUGGAGAUACCAAGAUUGACGAGGCCGACGUGCUUGACGAGACUCUCUAUCUCCUGAAUACAUCGACGAGGCAAUGGUCCAGGGUGUUACCCGCUGGGCCACGGCCGUCUGGCCGAUACGGCCAUUCUUUGAACAUCCUGGGAUCCAAGAUAUACAUAUUCGGCGGGCAGGUCGAAGGGCAUUUCAUGAACGACCUCGCGGCCUUUGACCUAAAUCAGUUGCAGAUGCCCAACAACCGCUGGGAGAUGCUCAUCCCGACCAGCGACAACGGUGGGCCCAAAAUCCCUCCCGCCAGAACGAACCAUUCGGUUGUGACCUUCAACGACAAGAUGUACCUGUUCGGUGGCACAAACGGGUUUCGGUGGUUCAACGACGUAUGGUGCUAUGACCCCGCAACCAACCUCUGGGCGCAACUGGACUGUAUAGGGUACAUUCCGGUCGCACGAGAGGGUCAUGCGGCAGCACUUGUGGACGACGUCAUGUACAUCUUCGGUGGCCGGACAGAAGAGGGCGCAGACCUUGGAGAUCUAGCGGCAUUCCGUAUUACCUCGCGUCGCUGGUACACCUUCCAGAAUAUGGGCCCCUCCCCAUCACCGCGGUCCGGUCACAGUAUGACUUCAAUCCCCAACAAGACAAUUGUAGUUGUGGGUGGAGAGCCGAGCACUGCCACGACAGCUGUGAACGACUUGGGUCUGGUAUAUUGCUUGGACACUACCAAGAUCCGAUAUCCGAACGAUUCCCAAUCAAGCUCAAGUUCCGGAAGGGCUGCGGCCGGGAGGCGGCCCAGCGAUGUCACAGCUCAGAGCGUAGGCCGGACUGUACCGUCGCGUGAUGGCUCGGCCGGACCGCCAGAAGCUAAACGGCUAGCUGGUCUGCAGCGGGAGGCAGGCGCAACAAGCAGUGCUAAUGGUAUCAGACCUACAAAUGGUGCCGACGUUAGUCCACCCAACGGGGUUCUUAAUGGGAACUCGAAUUCCAAGCCUGCUAGGCCUGUUGGGCCUACGGGGCCAUCGGGACCGCUGCCUCAGGGCCAGGCGCCGAAACCAGCCGUCGCUCCUGCUGUCCAAAGAACAAAAAACGCAUCCGUGGAACGUGCAGAGCUCCAGUCCACAUCUCCAGCACGAUCCCCAUCGCUCCAGCAAGGCCAGGGCUUCCAACAGGGUCCUCCAAUCCAACAGGGGCCAGCCCCAGAGCAAGGUCCUAUACUCCAACAAGGUCCAACUUUGCAGCAAGCCCCUGUGCUUCAAGCUCCUACGCUUCAAGGUUCAGCGCCCAAGGAGUCCGAACCUGUUGCUCCCAAUGGAAGACGUACUCCUACUCAGGCUUUGUCUACCCGGGCUUCCGCUAAACAAGGAGAACCCCCUGCUGUCGUUGAAGCGCCAAAGUCAAAACCGCUAAGACAAGUUCGUGGGUUCGGAUCCGUCGAUAGCUCUACCGAGCCCGGUCUAAAGCAGAUUGUGAACCGGCCAUCUUCUCCUCCACCUCCCAUGAGGCAGAAUAGUAACCCUCUCUCGCGACGCUCAUCAACCAGAAACUCUCAAACUGUUGCACUCUUGAAAGAGCUUGAUUCUGCAAGGAAUCGCAACGCGUGGUAUGCGUCCGAGCUAGAACUGGCACGCAAAGCCGGCUAUGUUCCCAACGCUUCCUUAAGUCCCAUAUUGGACAGCCGGUCCGCCGAAACGUUCGAUGACGACGAUAAGCCUCUCAUCGAGGCGCUGCUGGCUAUGCGAACCGAACUGGCUAAUGUCCAGACGUCGGUUGAUAAGCAGGCUGUUCUUGCAGCCAAACAGAUUGCCGAGGCCGAAAAGCAACGAGAUGCCGCCAUCCAGGAAGCCGUCUAUGCUAAAGCUAAACUGGCUGCGCGGAUGGGGGGGAGCGCCGCAAGUACCCCUCAGCUUGACAGUGACAAAGAUGACGAUGAUCGUGCUAGUGGGCUGAGCAGGAAACUUGCUACUGCCCUCAACACUCAGAAACACCUUCAAGAUCAACUCGAGCGCUUGAGCUCCGAGCUUGACGCUGAAAGGAAGUCGCGGAAGCUGGCAGACGACACUGCCAAUGCGGCCCAGAAGAGGAUGGCGGAAUUAGAGACCUACAAACAACAAAAUUCCUCUGAAGUCGAAAGACUCAAGGCAGAAUUGCAUGCAGCACAGCGGGAGUCGCGCGAGCAGUCCAUCAUCGCGGCGGAAGCGGUAGCAACAGCACAAAUGUUGCGUGUCGAAAAAGACGACAUUGAUCACCAUUACCAAGAGGCCGUCGGAAGCACAAAGGACAAUGCCGAGGCUUUUGCAUCUCUACACGAAGCUGUGGCGGCCUCUGCUGAUCUGAAGGCGACGCUCGAACGAAAGCUUGACGAAGAGCGGGCUGUCAGGGAAGAAAUCGAGUCAAAACUCAAUAAACUCAAGGGCGAACACGACGCAAUGACAGCCGAGCUGGAGACGGCAACACAACGCUUGAGAGACGCCGAGGAGGUGGCCGACAAACAUGCCAAUGAGGCACGAUUGCAUCGCCAAGCCGUCCUGUCCGGGCUGGAUAAGAUAUCGUCAAGAGAUCCUGCCAAGCCAAACAGGCGUGACUCAGACCGCAUUACUGCUCUUCAGGGCCAACUGGCGGUUGCUAACGCCUUGGUUCGCAAAUACCAACAAGAGGCCGACAACGCAUCUGACAGGUUGCGGGGUGCCGAGGAGCGAAUUGCCGGCCUCGAGGCUUAUCAAGAGCAAUCCAGUCGUGAGGGUGUCUCGAUCCGCCGGCAGCUGCAAGGCGCGUUGAGGGAUACCCAGUCACUCCAGGCCACCAACUCGGAGCUGAAGCAGCAACUGGCCAAGCAGCAGCUUGAGACCAAUGCCAUGUCAGUGCAACACAACACCCUGAAGGACAUCCUUAGCGAACGGGGUAUCUCGCCCACUUCGGCUGGCCGCCCUCGAGGUCAAGGUAGCCCCCGGGAGGGCUCCCCGGAACAGAUGCGCCUCCGGGAGUUGGAACAACAACUCGAGGUCACACAAGCCGCACACAACGAGACCAAGGCGGCGGCUGCGCAGCAGGCACAGGAGUCCGAGACGGUGUAUCGUGAGAAGCUCGCGCAGCUUGAGAACGAUUAUCAGUCGGCCGUACACUAUGUCAAGGGCACCGAGAAAAUGCUGAAGCAGCUUAAGGAGCAACUAGCACGCUACAAGACGGAGAAUAGCCGGCUGAAGGACCAGUUGGUGGAUCUCGAGGACAGGCUUGAGGCUGAAACGGCAGCCGCAAAUGUUGUCCCAGCCGACUGGGAAAUUCAGCGCGAAAAUCUGCAAGUGGAGAUUGAGAAGUUGCAGAACGAACUGCAAACUUCCUCGGCACAACUCGAAAAGCAAGUGCUGGCUCUCCGCCAAGAGCUUGCUGAAGCCCGGCGGGACCGCGAUUCAGCUGUCCGAAGCAGCGAGGAGGCGAACCGCCACCUCAAAGGCAGCAAGAAGGACCUGGAACAGCUGCAGCAUGAGAACAUGCUGCUAGAGCAGCGGGCCCAGGACGCUGAGCAGAAAGUAAGCUCUCUCCUCGACCAGGUCGAGCUCAGCGUCGACAACUACCGCCGACGCAGCCGCCAAGUACCGAGCUUGGGUGGCUCCGAGACCAUUGUGUCACCUAAUCCCAGCUCCGUUGGGGGUUCUUUUAACGUUGGCGGCCCUGUUCUCGUGUCGUCUAACGGAGGGCUGGGCGUCUCCGCCGCAGGCCUGGGCAAUUCCGCAAGCCAUGCCCGUCAGGAGUCAAGCGAGACGGGCAGUCUUUACGGUGGCGCAAAUGAAAACCGGAACAGCACAGCGCUCGAGAACCUUGCGGAUGAGCUCGAAACCCUCCGCAGCCACUGGGAGACAACCAACAAGAACUACCGCCUGAGCAACACGUUCGACUUUGAGGCGAACCCGGCGGCCAAAAAGGACGAGCGCGUCAGCCUCGGCCUCAGUGAAAGCCUUGCCGACUGGCGCAAGCGCCUCGACGACACGGAAGGCCCAGGGAGUGCGAAAUGAUUGUGCGAUUUUUCUUUCGGGGCCUGUUCGAAAACGCACAGAGAGUACACAAGACAAUGGCAUGGGACGAUGAAUUGUAAUGUUUUUUGAAAUGCGGGGGCGAAAUGUCUUUUAUAUGUACCGGGCAGCGGCUGGGGUUGUUUUACGCAAUCGUAGUUUUA